UAAAGUGUGAAUUCUUACAAAUGAUGAAUCACGAAGAACUUGUAACUGAUGAUUUCAAAAAUAAUAUUGGCCGAAUAAUUAUUAAUGUUGGUGGAUCAAGACAUGAAUGUUAUAUCAGUACUAUUCAAAAUUUUCCAGAUACAAGAUUGUUUUGGAUAGCUGAGACUGCAUUGGCAAUGGAAAAUUUAAGUGUGGAGACAAGUGAAUUUUUCUUUGAUAGACACCCAGGGUGUUUUGAGAAUAUUUUAAACUAUUGCCGGACUGGUAGACUUCAUUGCCCAAAAGAUGUGUGCGGCCCCCUUUUUCAAGAGGAGCUUGAGUUUUGGGGUGUAGAUGAAAUGAUGAUGCAACCUUGUUGUUGGCCUAAUUAUAGUGAAUACAGAGAAGUUAGUAAAAACCUGAAAUUAUUUGAAGUUGAAGAAGAUGAGCUUUUGUCAUAUGAAAAAAACUUGGAUGAGACCUCAAAAGGAAAAGUGUUAUUGGAAAAACUAACAAGAAAAAUAUCACAUAUUUUACCACCAAAAAGUUACAUUGAGAAUACGAUAACUGGUAUAAACAUUUUCAUAGUAUUGCUCUCAAUAGUAACCUUCUGUUUAUCUACGGAACCGUUAUUUAAAAAGCAAGAAAAGUUAUUUAAUUCAUUCGAAAUAUUCUAUUGCAUAUUUUUCUCUCUGGAUUUAAUUUUACGAAUUGGUUGUUGCCCUUCAAUGGUGAACCUUUUCAAAGAAUAUCUCACGUGGUUUGAUAUAAUUUCAAUAUUGCCAUUUUAUUAUGAAUUUGUUUUUAAGAAAAGAGAAAUCGGAUUUUUAUUACUUUUACGGUUGCUUCGUAUAUUUCGGCUACCUCGGUACUUCAAAGGUUUCCGAGGUAUGAUAGUAAUAGGGGAGACAUUAAAAGCAAGCUUUGAACAACUAUUGUUGCUAAUACUAGUGCUUACAAUUCCAAUGGUAGUUUUUGCAACAAUGGUUUAUUAUGCUGAAAAGAAUAGUGGUUCUAAUUUCGAAAGCAUUCCACGUUCAUUUUGGUGGGCUAUAAUUACCUUAACUACUGUUGGUUACGGUGAUAUGUCGCCAACUUCUUUAGCGGGAAAAAUAAUUGGUGGAUUUUGUGCCUCAUUCGGAAUACUCGUGGUUGCACUUCCGAUAUCUAUUAUUGGAAGUAAUUUUUCGUUUUACUAUUCUUACGCAAAAGCAAAAAUGGAACUUCCUAAACACGAGAGCAAAGUUUUGAAUCAAAAGAAUCAAAAUCAGAGACUGAAAGAAAAACUAGAUGGUGAUCUUUUUAAUUCUGUAUAUAAAAAGCUUCAAAGUGUGACCACAACAAAUGAAGAAAAUAAUGCACAAAACUUAGCUCAUACAAACAACUCCUAUAAUUUUUUAAAUUUUUCAGAAACAGCCAAAUCGGGUAAUACAGCUUCGUCUGAGAAUAAGGUUAUCGAUAACUGCACUCAAACCUGUAAGUUUAACGAAGAAUAUGAAGAAACCUCAUUUCAACUUACUAACAAUAAACCGAGUAACGAUGAACUUGUUGACGAUGAAUAUAUAAUUAGUAUAAACGCUAAAAGCGAAAGUAGUCAUAAAGAAAAAAGUCAUAAGAAACAUAGCAAAAACGAGCAUAAUGAAAUUGAAAGUAGUAAAAUAGAGAAUGAAGAUAGCUGUAAAGUUGAAAUUAUUGUUCCAAACAGAAAUAACCAAAUGAAGUUUACGAAAUUAAAAACAAGUCAUGCAAACUUAGAAGAACCUUACAACUUUGAAAUUUUAGACGAAAGAUCGGUAAUCAAAUUUGACAAUCAAAUAAAUACGAGACCAAUUAGAAAUCGCUCUUUCACAACAUUUGAUCAGAGCAGCGUUUGUAAUUUGAUAAAAAAUCAUCGCUCGUUUACAACCACAGAUGAAACUACUUGCAGCGAUUCAACUAACCAUCACCCAAGAUGCUCUGUGGAACUAAAUAAAUUAAACCACGAAAACAAACAAGUAAUCCACCUUGAUAUUGUGCAAUACCAACCAAAAAAGAUAACUAACAGGGAUAGGGCAAACAUUCGCAGAAAGCUCGUUUACAGAAACACCAUACACAGGUAACUGUCAUGUUAAUUUGCAGAACAAAACACUGAGAAGAUUUAGUGUUGUGCAAUAGUUAAAAAGUAAUUGUCCAUCUGCUCUGAAAAAACUUUAUUACUCUGAAGCUGAUAAACAUUAUCAUACCGAUAAAUAAAGUUAAUGUCUAUGAAAUAAAAAUAAAAAUUAAGCUAACUAUUUAUAAUAUUAUAGUAUGUACACGAACUUAAACUGAAUAGUAAUGUGCAAAACAAAAAUCUUUUGCAUUACUGAUUAAAAGAGUUAUUGUAGUUUUUUUAUUUAAGAUUUUAAUGUGUUUGCUGGUU